AUGUAUGGGCCCAUAAACCUCAAACGCUGUGGGUCGUUUGAAUCGAGCUCCCACUCAGACAACAUGUCCGGCUCUCGCUCAGACGACUACUGGUCGAGCCACUCAGACUACUCAGAGUCAUCAUCAUAUACCUCGUCAAUAUCAAAGUUUGGCGCAAAUGGCUUACCAGGCCAUAGACGUAGACUUAUGGACAGAGAACUACAGUCGGAUCUCUCAGGAUAUCGCUACGAGGAUGUCACUAUCCAAAAUUUUAUUGAGCAGGUUUGGGGGCUGGAGCCCGAUCUCGCCACUCGCAUUCUUGCGGAGCGAUGGACGCUCGAUCCAUUGGCCCUUGAGGAUUACCAGAACAUUGUUGCCCACUCGCCGGAUCCUCAGCUGCAUCUUCCUUUCCGUAAAAUGUUCCAGCAACUACUCAACGACGCGAACUCUCUCUUGGGGAUAUCCCCGACCGAAAUUUGUGACGACUUUUGGGACAAGCAGGGCAGCUCCUACAUCAUGUCACAGUAUGCAGGUCGCGAACCUGACAUGCUUCGCAUGUGGAAUCCAAUCCAGAAGAAGGCCGAAUGGCCUCUGGUCAAGUCUGUCGUCGAGUUUAAGAAGCGAAAGAAAGGGAAGAGCGUGGGGCCCAUUUUGGAGGACACCGAAGUUGUGGACUCGACGACUACAUCAUUUUCUGCAGUAGGCACCGGAACUGACGAGAUGGUGGCGGGUCAGGUCGUUGCUAAUAAGCCAGGCGCUGGUACAACUGCCGCAGUCCAAUCAGAUUCUAGCAGGGUUCAGUUUGACAGCUUACAGGUUGCUGGAGCCAGCCUUCCACCCCUUCUCAAAUCAUCUCACUCAUCAUCCUUAUCCCAGCUUGACUCCCUGACAGGAGCAGCUUCCACACCGGCUAUGCCGUCCCUGGAACCUCAUACAUUGAGAACCAAAAUAUGCUGUCCGCCGUCUCUUCCAGCUAUGCGAGACCCCUUGCUAGACGGUUCUGUCACAACAUCGGAUACUUCGUCAGGGGGAUUAGGCAAACGCAAACGUGACAGUGACGACGACGCAAGCUCAGUGGACCACAAACGCCAGAAGCUUGUCCUUACCCUCGGUGAAGUACAGCUUGCUUCAUACGCUGUGGACUGCCUCUCCGUCGUCAAUCGCCAAUAUGCGACUGGUAUAUUUAUCGACUCUUAUGCCACAUCACUGUGGUAUUAUGACCGUCAUGCGGUCUUCCGCACAGCAGCAUUUGACUUUUCUGAGCAACCUCAGCUAUUGGCGCUUGUCGCCUUUGGGCUCGCUCGUUGUGAUUUGCGCCACGCUGGGUUCAAUCCAUAUUUCUCGGCGACUCCCCCCUCGCCCCCUCCUGCUAUGCUUGAGUCCGAGAUGGAGAAGGUCGUUACACCUGAGGAUGAUCACGUUGAAUCUUUAAACAUUCCCCCAACUCCACUGGUCGACAGGCCUGUUUCGGCUCUCGAAAAGUGCUACGUCAUACUUCCAAGCCCUGAUGCAGGCAACGAUAAGCCGCCACCAGUUUGUUUCACGAUUAACGACGUACUAUUGAAUUAUUAUGGCAUUACUGGUCGUGGUACUUCAGUGUUUCUAGUCCAGGAGGUGAUCGGCAGGAAGGUGGCUGCUGAUGAGCUGGUCUUGAAGAUGAGCUGGCAGUAUACCUUUCGAUUUGCAGAAGGUGUUAUCAUUGAUGCACUUCGAAAGUCUAUUCCUGCCUGGAAGGACCAUCUUCCUGACUUGAGGUUUCACGCUUCAUACUCCCCGAAGGACUUGGGCCUACCAUGGACUCGCAUGAAUGUCGUCAUUCCAGAGGGAAGUCACUAUCACGCUUGGAAAGAGGGGAAAGUAUUACAUCGGGACCUCAGUGACAAAAAGUUGAUGGUCGACAUCAUCGAGCCUGGUGACCGAUUGAAGACGCACUCGAAAGGUGUCAACGGCAUUGUCAAUGAUUGGGAUAUGGCGUCUGUGCUGACAAGUGAAGGCGAGGCGCCAACAAGUUUGGCGAAACUUCGUAUUGGAACUGCCCCUUUCAUGGCAUUUGAAGUUUCGGGUGUGUACGGUACUUGUCUUCACCAAUAUCGUCAUGACCUUGAGUCUUUUUUCUACAUCCUCAUCUGGGCCGCUGUGCAUUACGACCUGGAAAACAAGAAGCAGGUUAGACAGUUACCAGGCGGUGUGAAAGUGCAUCCGGCUGUCGCGUUCUGGAAUGGGGGAGGACUCUUACACAUUGGGGUUGCGAAGGGAGCUUUCCUGGGUUGCCCCGCCAUCAGAGAUAACGUUUUCGACGCAAUCGGAGAAGAAUUUAAAGAUCUCGAAAAUGAGUGGAUUAGACCAUUAUGGGAGAUGUUUCGGGCAGUUGGAAAUGUUCCACGUCCGUCGUCCGAGGAAGGCAAGACGUACGACUAUGCUACAUGCUAUGGAAAGGUAACAUUUGAGAAGUUCAUGGCAGCUAUCAAAGUGACACCACGAGGCAAGGAUAUUUGUGACACUGUAGCUUGA